AUGGAUUUGAUGCAAUUGGAUAAGCAUUUGGAUUCAACAGAGCAAGUAGUUGAAGAAAUCAUGAGAAUUCACAGAUCUUUACCACCAAGACCAGGAAUCGACGAAGUCGAAGCAGGUAAAAGUUUGAUACUUAACGUUGAGAAAGAAGAUCAAGCUUGUUUAGAAGCCAUUGCUAAACAGAGGAAAAGCUCUGAAGUACCUGGUGAGCUUUUCAUGGUUUUACAAGAAAUGAAGAAAAGUUUUGUUCAGUUUCGUAGCAAAGAAGAGAAAAGAGAAGCUUUGAAACUUCUCGAUCUGGAAACUGCACAUAUCUUGUUCGACGAAUUUAUUCAGAGAGCUUCUAAUUGUAUCGCUUCUCCUUCCUCUAACGGCUCUGCUCCUUCUCGUCCUCCUCCGUCUCCGGUGGUUCGUUCUGAUUUCUCCGAGAAGCCUCUUGUUCGACCUAAGGAAAUGGUUUCACGAGACGAUAGCUUCGUGACCAAAGCUAAGUCUCCUCUCUACAGUGAUGGUUUUGCAGCUCCUCGAAAACCUCAGAUUGUUGAUUCAUCUCUUACCACCGGAAAAUUCGCCGGCAAUGAGGGAGAGAAGCUAAGUUUGAUAAAACUUGCUAGUUUGAUUGAGGUAUCAGCUAAGAAAGCUACUCAAGAGCUGAAUCUACAGAACAAGUUAACGGAACAAGUCGAGUGGCUUCCUGAUUCGAUUGGGAAGUUAUCGAGUCUGACUUCGCUUGAUUUGUCUGAGAAUCAUAUUGUGGUAUUGCCAAACACCAUAGGAGGACUUUCUUCUUUGACAAAGCUCGAUUUGCGUUCCAACAGAAUCGGUCAGCUUCCUGAGUCUAUUGGAGAGUUGUUGAACUUGGUUUACCUUAAUCUUAGUGGUAACCAGUUAUCGUCUCUGCCUUCUGCAUUUAGCAGAUUGGUUCGGCUCGAGGAGCUUGAUUUGAGCUGUAACAACCUCCCGAUUCUCCCUGAAUCAAUCGGUUCUCUUGUGAGUCUAAAGAAGCUCGACGUUGAGACAAAUGAUAUCGAAGAGAUCCCAUAUUCAAUCGGUGGGUGUUCUUCGUUGAAAGAAUUGCGUGCAGAUUAUAACAAACUCAAAGCUCUUCCUGAAGCUAUUGGGAAGAUCAGUACGCUAGAGAUAUUGUCUGUCCGUUACAAUAACAUCAGGCAGUUACCCACGACGAUGUCUUCUUUAGCUAACCUCAAAGAGCUGGAUGUGAGUUUCAAUGAGCUCGAGUCUGUGCCAGAGAGCUUAUGUUUUGCCACAACGCUUGUGAAGCUGAAUAUUGGAAACAAUUUCGCUGACAUGAUAUCACUCCCGAGAUCAAUAGGCAACCUUGAGAUGCUUGAAGAGCUUGAUAUAAGCAAUAACCAAAUCCGUGUUCUUCCAGAUUCCUUCAAAAUGCUUACAAAGUUGCGUGUUUUCCGCGCUCAGGAGAAUCCACUGCAAGUUCCUCCUCGGGAUAUAGCCGAAAAGGGCCCUCAGGCCGUUGUUCAAUACAUGAAUGAUCUUGUGGAGACGAGAAACGCGAAAUCUCUAAUGGUUAAGCCGAAGAAGAGCUGGGUUCAGAUGUGCUUCUUCUCCAAGUCCAACAAGAGAAAACAGAGCAGCAUGGAGAUUGUCUAA